AUGGAGAUGAGAAUGCUGAGGAUGAUCGCUGGGGUAUCAAAAAAGGAUAAGGUGCGAAGUACAAGAAUACUAGGAAGUUUAAAGGUAGUGCCUAUGAAAACUAAGAUAAUGGUGAACAGACUUAGAUGUGGGCACACAAUGAGAAGGCCUAUGAACUACAUAGGAAAUAAGGUUGAGAGUUUGGAAGUAAGGGGCAAACGUAAAAGAGGAAGGCCAAAACUUCAAUGGGGCCAUGAAGUUAGAGCCAAUAUGAAGAAGUAUAGAUUAGAUAAAAGUGAUAGUAUGAAUAACAUUAAGUGGAAAGAUAUAUUGAAAGAGCUUACCACCAGAAGGUAA